AUGGAGCCCACAAGAGACUAUCCACUGUUCGGGGGCGCCUUCUCCACUAUCCUCCCCCCAGGGGCCAUUGAUGUCAGUGAGCUCCGGCCGGUUCCGGACAAUCAGGAAGUUUUCUGCCAUCGCGCGACGGACCAGAGUCUGAUCGUGGAACUUCUGGAGCUGCAGGCCCACGUGCAGGGCGAAGAGGCUGCGAUAUACCACUUUGAGGACAUUGGUGGAGUGCAAGGGGCUAGGGCUGCGCAUGUGGACGCUGUGCGGCCCCUCCCUUUGGAGAACCUGGCCUUGAGGGAUUGCUGUCAUGAGGCCUGGGUCCUCUCUGGCAAGCAGCAGGUGGCUAAGGAAAACCAUCAGGUAGCAAAGGAGGUGACACUACACCAGGCCUUGCUGCGGCUGACUCAGUACCAGACCGAUCUCCUCCUCACCUUCAAUCAGCCCCCUCCUGAGAACAGGUCAUCUCUUGGCCCUGAAAAUUUGUCACCCCCACCAUGGAGCCUGGGUGACUUUGAACAGCUGGUGACCAGUUUGACCCUUCACGAUCCCAACAUCUUUGGUCCCCAGUAA